AUGUCGCCUGUCACCGAUCCACUGAUACCCUCAACGUGGCAUGGCAAGAGCAAACACCCCGCCAACCAUGCCUCACGAGACUCCGCCCGGAAUGGCUACCGUCCGCGCCUGAACUUGGAUACCGUGCCGUCGCUGGCCUCGGUCGUGCGAGGUUCGCUCUCGUGGGCUGGCAGCGUAUGGAAGUCCGACGAUGUUAUAUCGAGCAAGCACGGAUUCGAGGAGGAACCGCGCUCCGAGACGGAUGAGCGCAAGCAAGUCUUGUACCUGCGGUUGCGUAAUGCUGUUUCCGCCGAGGAAUGGAAAGAAUGCGCCCGCGAACUGGAUGAACUCGAAAAUAACAAUGCGUGGAAGGAGACGUUUGAGUGCGACGAGUAUGACCCGGUUCUUGUUCGAGAGCGCCUCGAACAGCUGGAAGUCGCUCGCCAAAGCUGCGAUGUUAGCCGCAUGCUGCACCUGAUUCGCACCUCGCUAAGUCGUGAUCUGGGGGGCAUGAGCAAUGUCUCCCUUUACAAGCACACCCAUUUUGGCACCAAGAACCUGAUCGACCAUUAUAUAACGUCGGCCGUUGAGACGAUAUCGUCUCUGGUGGAAGUGUCCGGCGGCAACCGGUGCGAUGCGGCGGAGACGAGGUAUAUCCUUGACCAGCUCUUAGCUGCGCGACAGGCCUUUGGCCGGAGUGCGCUUCUCUUCUCGGGUGGGGCUACCUUUGGAAUGAAUCAUAUCGGUGUCUUGAAAUCGCUUUGGAUGUCCAAUCUUCUUCCGCGCAUUAUCUCGGGCGCCUCUGCCGGCAGUAUCGUCUGCGCAGUAUUCUGCACUCGCACCGAGGAUGAACUCCCUGCUCUGCUGGCCUCUUUCCCUUACGGUGAUUUCUCUGUGUUUGACGAGGAAGAUAGCGAGGAAAAUAUCUUCCACAAGACCGCACGAUUUCUCAAACACGGAGCAUUUUUAGAUAUCAACCACCUGGCUAAUUCCAUGAGAAACUGGCUUGGAGACCUUACCUUUCAAGAGGCAUAUAACCGAACACGCAGGAUUCUCAACAUAUGUGUUUCCAGCGUUGGGGUGUACGAACUCCCGAAGCUUUUGAACUAUAUCACGGCCCCCAACGUCUUGAUUUGGUCUGCUGUUGCCGUAUCAUGUUCGGUCCCAGUAGUCUUUUCUCCGUCUACGCUCAUGGCUAAGGAUCCAAUGACGGGCAAGCCUGUCCCAUGGGAUGACCUCCACAAACAGUAUAUAGACGGGUCUGUGGACGGUGACUUGCCCAUGAACCGCUUGUCAGAAAUGUUCAACGUCAACCAUUUCAUCGUUUCCCAGGUAAACCCACAUAUUGUGCCGUUCCUCCCAAAGGAUGAUGAGCCGAAGAGUGUGGCUGUACCAACGUCAAAGGCCACUCGACUCUUCCAUACCGUUUCGCAUCUUGCAAAGGACGAGAUUAUGCAUCGAAUGGCAGUAUUGACGGAACUUGGCGUUUUUCCGAAUUCAUUUACCAAGACCAUCUCAAUCAUGAACCAGAAGUACUCUGGAGACAUCAACAUCUAUCCAGAGAUUCUUUACGCGCACUUUCCUCGGAUACUGAAAAACCCGACCACCGACUUUAUGCUCAAAGCAUGUCUUUGCGGGGAGCGAGCGACAUGGCCGAAGCUUGCACGGAUCCGCAAUCACUGCGCUAUCGAGCUAGCCCUGGACUCUGCCAUCCAGAAAAUGCGCGCACGAGUAGCUUUAGCUCACAGCCAGGCAAACCUGACGGUGAACGCACUUUACCGUUCAACCGACGGUAGUGCAGACCGUGGACGUAGGAGAAGGGGAUCCUACAAUCACGAGAUCGAGAAGAGGAAGCGCGUUGCAAGCCGAUUGAGGCGACCUGGUGUAGCGAGAGUCGGAAGAUCGUUAUCUCACAGCUUCGAAUCAAGCCAGUCGAAAGCCGAUCUAGAAAUGAUGGAUUGGGCCUGGAUGCACGACUCUGGGGUCGGACCUAGGAGUUUGGAGCUUGUCUCUAGCAGCGAACGCGGGACGGACGCGGGGCCGUCUUUCGGUUUUUCUGUGCCUGAGCAUAAUUAUUUCUCGCCGGACCCCGAAUGUAGUAUCGAGUGUUCGAAACUCUCCUCAUCCACAUCGUCGUCGACACCUUCGUUACCGCCACUGGCAUCAUCUUCUGAAGACCCCGCCAAAAAUUCUGGUUCUUACAAGCUCCGCCCUGGCUCGCUUUCUCCAACUUCCAGGCGCUAUACGUUACCGACACGGUCAAUGUCUCCGCCUCGGUUGGCUCCCAGAAUGACACCUGCUACACCGAAAUGUUGA